GAUCUUUUUUGAUGAACGUUAAGCACGUUUUCUCAAAUUAUUAUUUCAUUUGACUGACGUGUCCCCAAAAUAAUAAUUGCAAAUAUUGUAAUAUUGAAAAUGUGAAAAGAUGAUGAAACCAUAUUUCAAAUGAAUAAUUAUAUUAGUUACACAUUCUUUUAAUUUAAAAUGUUCUAGCUAGUCAUGCAUGAUCAUGAAAGUAAGUAUAAAAGAAUGAUGCGAUUCUAAGUGUUAAUCUUAUUUAGCCUAUAAGAGUUUUCAUCAAAGACGGGUAUCAUCAGUAAAGGACAUUCUAUGACUUCACAAGUUAUUUUUAUGGGUGCAGUCACUCUGCUUACCCUGGCUAUUGCCCUACCAACAGCGACGAGCAGCAUAGUGGCUUCGAAGCUGAUUGGACCCAAAUACGAGCCUUUCAAACCAGAAUCAGUGCCAACUCCAGCAGCUGAUAAGGAGGAAUCUGCCAAGGAGGAACAACCAGCACCUGCUCCCUCAUGUGAUUGCGGUAACCAUCAUCCACAUUUUCAUCCAGCAUUUCCUCGUCCUCAUCAUUUCCAUUCCUUUGAAGACCAAUCGAAAGGGUCCCUAGAUCAUCAGCAUCCUUAUGACGAAGAUCAUUCAGUGCCUCAAUCUUGGCGUCCAGAUCCUCAUUUUGACGACAGUAUGCCCUUCAUUAUUAUGACUUUCAUUGCUCCAGCUCCUGCUCCAGCAGAGAACCCUCAAGUAGAAACCAAAGCUUCGGUUGCCUCGGCAGAAUCUGAGGAUCAGAAAAAAGAUGAUAGUGCAGUGGAAAACCGCCUACUGUUUAAAAGAUCACUCAGACGUUAGUUGGAAUUGAAUACGUCUAGCAACAGAUAUUAACUCUAAUUUUGUUUAUGUUUAUGUUAAUAUUCUCUGGUAUAAAAACAUGUUUUGUUGCUAUUAAAAAUUAUGCCAUUAUUAAACAAUAAAGAUUGAGUCAAAAUAAACAAUCUAAA